ACUCAUUGCAUAACAAUGUCAACAAAGAUCAUUGCCUUAGGCCUCAUACUGUUCUUGAGCUUCACAUCGCUUACCUUUGGAGCUCUUCAAGUGGGGUUUUACAAAGGAAAAUGUGGGUUUAGAGAUGUUGAAUCCAUUGUUGCCGGCGUUGUUGCCGACGCCGUUGAAAAUGAUGGCACUCUUGUAGCUGCUCUUCUUCGCUUGCAGUUCCAUGAUUGCUUUGUGUCUGGAUGUGACGCUUCCCUACUCCUCGAUGGGAGCGAUAGCGAGAAGCUCGCUCCGCCGAAUUUGAGCGUCAGAGGGUAUGAUUUGAUUGAUGAUGUUAAGCUUGCUGUGGAGAGCGUUUGUCCUGGCGUUGUCUCGUGUGCUGAUAUUAUAGCUAUGGCUACUAGAGAUGCUGUUCAUUUGGCUGGAGGAGCACGAUACUCUGUCGAAACUGGACGGAGAGACGGGUUCAAACCGGCGAAAAAUGUGGAUCUUCCAGGGCCUUCGAUUUCAGUUCCAGACUCCAUUGAAGCUUUCUCCAAAAGGAAUCUUACUACUACAGAUAUGGUCUAUCUUCUUGGCGGUCAUACUGUUGGUGUAUCACAAUGCUUAUUCUUCAAGGAUCGCCUCUAUAACUACAAGAACACAGGGAGACCUGACCCGACCAUCGACCCGUGGUUUCUCAACAACCUUAGAGACCAAUGUCCUGAAGAUUCUAACGACAACAACGUCGUAUUUCUCGACCAAACCAGUAUGAGUUCUUUCGUCGUUGACAAGUCAUUUCACAAGCAAAUAUGGCAACGAAGAGGCAUACUGGAAAUCGAUCAACAACUUGCUUUGCAUCCGUCAACGAAGGAUUUGGUGACGAAGGUGGCGUUCGGGUUCGACUUCGCUUCCAAGUUUGGAGAUGCCAUGAUCAAGAUGGGAAGAUUUCGAGUUCUCACCGGGUCUGAUGGGGAGAUUAGAAGAACAUGUGAGGCUGUUAAUUCAGCAUGGUUAUGA